CCUUUGUCCAUUCUCAAUAUUCUUGCAGCAGCAUUCGAGCUACCAUCAAUGGAAACGGCUGAGCUCAUCGAAGGUAAGGUGGACUGGAAAGGAAGGCCGGCGCAGAAAGAUAAGCAUGGCGGAAGCCGCACCUCUCUGCUCAUCUUAGGCGCAUUCACCUUCGAGAGCAUGGCCACGUUGGCGUUGGCCGUUAAUCUGGUGACCUACUUCACCGGCGUGAUGCAUUUCGACGUAGCCACCUCAGCCAACCAGCUCACCAACUUCAUGGGCACCAGCUACAUAGUCACCAUCGCCGUCGCCACCUUAGCCGACACCUACAUCGGCAGGUUUAAGGCUAUUCUUCUCGUAACAUCAAUCGAGUUUCUGGGGCUCGGACUGCUAGCACUGCAAGCUCACUACGGCGGCCUGAGGCCGCCGCCAUGCAAGAUGUUCGACCCGACCUCAACUUGCGUGGAAGUGAGCGGAGGCAAGGCGGUGCUCCUCUUCGUCGCUCUGUACAUGGUGGGGAUCGGCUCCGGAGGGUUGAAGGCUGCGUUGCCCUCUCACGGCGCCGAUCAGUUCGAAGACGAGGAUGAGAAGGAGGCGGUGGAGAAGUCCAGCUUCUUUAACUGGCUUCUCCUUGCUCUAUGCGUUGGAGGCGCAAUCAGCUUGACGUUUGUUGUUUGGAUCCAAGAUCACAAAGGUUGGGACUGGGGUUUCGCUGUCAGCACUAUCGCCUUGUUCUUCGCCAUCAUCGUCUUCGCCGUUGGCUUGCCGCAGUAUCGAAUCCACGUCGUCAAUGGCAGCAGCGCCCUCACUAAAAUUGCGCAGGUUUACGUUGCAGCCAUCCGCAACAGAAACCUUCAACUUCCCGAGGAUGACAACGACCUCUACGAAGUCAGUCUGGACAAAGAAGCAGCAGACAUAGCAGAACUCCUACCUCACACAGACGCUUUCAGGUUUCUAGACAAAGCCGCCAUUGAUACAGCUUCGAGCAGUCCGUGGAAGCUCUGCACCGUGACGCAAGUCGAGAACGCGAAGAUCAUACUGAACGUGCUCCCGAUCUUCCUCUGCACGAUCAUCAUGACUCUCUGCCUGGCUCAGCUGCAGACGUUCUCCGUGGAGCAGGGCGUGACCAUGGACAAGAAGAUGAGCAAGCACUUCCAGAUCCCGCCGGCGUCCCUCCCCAUCAUCCCCGUCGCGUUCCUCGUCGUGCUCAUCCCCUUCUACGACCGGAUCAUCGUCCCGUUCCUGCGGAAGUUCACCGGCAUCCCCACGGGGAUAACCUACCUGCAGCGCGUGGGGGUGGGGCUCAUCCUCUCCUCCGCGUCCAUGGCGGUGGCCGCCGCGGUGGAGGUGAAGCGGAAGCGCGUGGCGACGGAGCGCGGCAUGGUGGACGCGAACCCCUUCGUGGAGUCGCUCCCCAUCAGCGUCUUCUGGCUGACGUUUCAGUACUUCAUCUUCGGCAUCGCCGACAUGUUCACCUACGUCGGCCUGCUCGAGUUCUUCUACCAUCAGGCGCCCAAGGAGCUGAAGUCCAUCUCCAGCUGCUUCCUGUGGACGUCCAUGUCGCUGGGCUACUUCCUCAGCACCAUUCUGGUGAAGACGGUGAAUAGGGCGACGAGGGAGGCGACGAGCAGCGGCGGCUGGCUGGCCGGGAACAACAUAAAUAGGAACCAUCUGAAUCUCUUCUACUGGCUGCUCUCCGCCUUGAGUUUCGUCAAUUUCUGCAUCUAUCUCGUUGUUUCCAAGAGGUACAAGUAUAGGCAAGAUAGCCAUGGAAGUACCACCAAAAUGCGUGAGCUGCAAAGUGUAGAUCAGUCGCGGUGAUUAAGAGCAGAAAAAAUCUGCGUGUUGAUCAUUACAUGAUGUGUGUUUGUUUUUACAGUUGAUUGCCAUUUCCGGAACGGGGAAAAUUUCUUUGCUUUCAGAUUUCUAGAAUUUGUAAACUUUGAAGAAGGAUUAAUGUUAAUUGUUUUAG